AGGCUGACGGGAAGACCCAGAGACUUGCUAUAGAAGUGAACUAAGGACUGUCUGAGCCCUGGAUAUUGGAGGUUAUCUGUAUUCCCCCAAACCCUGCUCCAGACUCAUUCCAAAUUUGGACUCAACUUCACGAUUAUUUUUAUUCCUGGUAAAGUUGUGGACAUCAUAGAAAUGCCUUUCCUGGACCUGAGCUUCUUCUCCAUGGGCAUGUGGUCUCUGGGGGCUGGAGCCCUGGGCGUUGCUGCUUUGAGCGUGUUCCUGGCCAACACUGAUCUCUUUCUGACCAAAUCAGUAGCGGCUACCCUGGAGUUUCUGGAAGAGAUAGAGCUGAAAACCCUGGAUGAUGAAUCCCCAAAGACUUUCAAAGCCCGAGAACUCUGGGAACACCAUGGGGCAGUGAUCAUGGCGGUACGAAGGCCAGGCUGUUUUUUGUGUCGAGAGGAGGCAGCCGGACUAUCUGCUCUCAAGCCACAGCUAGACCAGUUGGGCAUCCCACUCUAUGCCGUGGUGAAAGAAAAGAUUGGGUCAGAAGUGGAGAAUUUCCAGCCAUAUUUCAAAGGAAAGAUCUUUCUGGAUGAAAGGAAAAAAUUUUAUGGCCCCCAGAAGCGGAAGAUGAUGUUUAUGGGGUUCAUUCGUCUGGGUGUUUGGCAGAACUUUUUCCGGGCCUGGAAUAAGGGCUUCUCUGGUAACCUGGAUGGAGAAGGCAUUAUCCUUGGAGGUGUUUAUGUGAUUGGACCAGGCAAGCAGGGCAUUCUCCUAGAGCACCGAGAGAAAGAGUUUGGAGAUAAAGCCGACCCUGCCUCUGUUCUGGAAGCUGCCAAAAAGAUCAAGGCACACACUUCAACCUCAGAGGGAAAAUGAUCAAAUGUAAGGACUGACCUCGGAGAAAACUAGAAAGAUGAGACUGUGAUUACGUGACUUGGCCUUCACAAAUCCCACAGAGGACUUCCUUAUUUAUAUCUGCAUUACAUAGUUCUCCUAGGGAUUAAACCCUAUCUGGCCUCAUUCUUGGAUUCCAGGGUUUUUACUUUGGCUGAACAAUUAGGAUUCAAAACAAAAUCAAUUUUUAAAAUUUUUUUCUCUUAUUUUCUGUUCUUUCUCUUUCCUUCUUUCUUUUUCCUUCCUUCCUUCUUCUUUCUCCCCCUGCCCCCCUCCCUCACCCCGAGCAGGUUAGUCAAUGCUUUUUCACUGAGAAGUGAGAGAAAUGUGAGGUUUGGCUUUCUGGGCUGUUCAUCACAGCUCACCUCACUCACAUUUGUAGCACCUUGGAGGUUUGCAAAGUGCUUCCCUCUCAGUGCCCAUAUGAAACAAACUGGGCAAGUAUUUGACAGAGGAGGAGACAGAGGUGGAGGUUAAGUGACUUGCCCUGGAUCUAAUAGCCCCCCAAAAGAGUCAGGAGAGAAUGAAAACAGCACUAAAUUUGGCCUCGGGAGUCCUUGGUUUGAAUCCUGGUCUUGACAUCUAUUAGCUCUUUGGCAAGCCACUUACUGUCCGUGAAACUUAGUUUCCUCAUUUAUUUAUAAUAGUUAGUGAAGAUAAUAAUAGACGUGGCAUAAUGAAUAAAGUGCUGCAUUGCUAAUUAACAAA